AUGGUUGUCGAGAAGAAACUUCAAUGUAAAGUCCAAAAGCUUCACAAGGACCGCGACUUCGUGCAAUUCAGAAAGAAAGUUUACCGUAUCCCGAAAGUGGUCAAACGAAGGUUCACUACAAACACACCAGAUAUCCGAGUGGUUGACCCCCAGUUUGACAUGCUCAACUUAGAGUUUAAGCGUCUCAAACGAUUAGUCGCUUGUUUAUUGAAGUCGUGUGAAUGUUACUCGAUCAGUACCUAUAGCUUUGUGGACAGCUCGCUUGCUUUGUCGAAAGUAUUUGGAUCUGUUCUUAACUGUUCCCCUCAAUGGGACCGCACUCAACUCGCUAUGUCACCGACGUGGAGUUUUAAAGAUUCGAGUGUCGACUUGAUGCAACCGCAAGGCUCCCCUCUGGAGCCGAUAUCGAAGCGUGGGAAUUUCGGUGCUAAUAAAUCCACUGCGGGAGGCAGGAAUCUCUCGAGAAAAGCACGAAGCCGUGAAAAUUCCAUUCGUGGACAAAUAAAAGCAGAGUUGGAAAUGUUCAAUCAGAAUCUUACGGGACCUUUAGUGCUACUACACAAGUUGUUCACUCAGAUAGGGCGUGUGCUCAAGGAGCGUAGACUUUGCAUGAUAGACCUGGCAACGUGUACCUCCAAAUACAGGUAUCUCAGCAGCAAAUUACGCAGGCCUUUGAAGCCGCGGCAACUGCGUAAAAAGAUGCGGUACGAGCGUGACCUUGAGUUAGAGAAAUUGAAAUACGAUUCACUCACCACCGCUAUCAAGGUCGAGUCGCGAGUGCUGUUCACUUUGUUCAGGACCUUUUUCGAAAACUGGACGGCCAAUUACCUAUUGACGACCUGCUCCGUGGCUCAAAUUUUGUGCGACGAGCUGGCAUGUGGUGCUGAACGGUCACCAAGAGCAGAAUUGACUGUCAAAGGGCCGCUUGAAAGUGUCCGAUAUUGUGUAUCAUUGGAUCAGGCUGUUUCCUUGCAUUUUGACGAGCCUAAGAAAUCCAGUGAAGGUGCCGAGUUUGUCGCGGACACCUCAGAAAGCAUAAACAGAAUCGUGACGCAGUUCCAAUCGGAGUUUGGCGUGGUGGAGGAACAGUUAGCGAAACUUGAACUUAUCAAGUUUGAGGCUUCGAGCUACGCUGCUCCCGAAAAGUCGUACAUGCUGCAUGUCACUGCGAUGUACGACUACACACAAGCCGAUCCGGGUUUCAAUAUUGGCGAUUUACCAUUUAGCUCCGGAGAUCUGAUCAAAGUUAUACUGAAAGACGAUUCGGGAUGGUGGUACGGCGUGCAUUGCACUACGAAAGAGAGAGGUGUUUUCCCUGCCAACUAUGUCAAGAUGGUUUAG